AGGAUCAACCGCCAUGUGCGCGUGUGGGUCCACCGGUACCGAUUCGGAACCAAACAGGGACAAGCGCGUGCAUACUCACCGUCCCCCUCUUGCUCGCACACACCAUGGGCAUCUCCCUAUGGCUCGUCCCGACGCCCAAGCAAACCGCACUGCUCAAGCGGGUCAUGUCCAUCAAGCGAAGCGCGCCCCACUCGCCGUCCUCCUUCGCCGACUUCCACCCACACAUCACACUCGCGACCACGCCCACCGCGUCUGGGCUCCGAGAGGCCGUCCCGCUUGACCAGCCCGCGAUCCCCGCGAAGUUCCGGUCCGUCGACGUCGGCCAGAAGUACUUCAUGUCGGUGUACACGCGGGUCUUCGACACGGACGCGCUCGCGGCGCUGCGUGCGCAUCUCCGGGUGCGUCUCGGCGAGAGCGCGGUGCCCCCGAUCCCGCAUGUGUCGUUGUACUAUAUCGAUGAUGCGGAUGCGGAUGAGCGCGAAAAGGUCAGGGAGGUAAGGGACGCGUGUUGGAGCGCGCGGAUGGCGUCGCGCUGAACUGCUCGGACGAUCCGGGGAAUGCGAGCAAUGCGGAUGAGGUGCUCGAGGGCAUCGAUGGCGAGGAGAUUUGGAUAGUUGAGUGCAACGGGCCCGUUCCAGGGUGGAAAGUAUUGGACAGGAUACAACUCAGAUGAAUGUCGUGGUCUAACGGAGGACUCACCUUUGUACGAUUAUACAGUAGUAGAGGUUAUGUCACACGGAUAAUUGGGUGCACU